AUGUUUCAAAGGCGGUCGUUUCUGAGUAUAGCGCUACUUUUUGUAUUUCUUGGCGACAGGGCGAAUGGGAUGGUAGUUUUUCUCGAAUUUUAAAUUUCAAAAAAAGUUUUUAGGGUAACGAUCCUCGGUCCGCUAAUGAACGUAAAAUGUUGAUUGAAGUGGGUUAUUUUUAAACCAGAAAAAAAGUUUGGUUGAAGAAUGGAUUUUGCGUGAUGGGAGAAUUCACACCGUGCAAUGUAAGGUGUGGCGGCGGGUUUCAAUAUAGUAAAUUCGAAUGCAUCGGAGAAAUGUGUGAUUGCUCGUGAGUUACCUUACUUUUAAUCUAAAAAAAAUAUAAUAAUAUAAAAAAAAACGUCUCAACUUUGCUUUGAAAAACUCCAUGGCUCAAAACGACCCGAAAUGGUAACAAGAAAUUUUGGGUCCGCAAAUAGUCGUGAGCGUGAGAUGUGCAUGCACCAAUCUUGGAAAAUUGGGUCUUCUAUUGAAAAUAUUCCACUUUCUUGAUUUUUUAUAUACUUUUUUUUCGUUUUAUUGUGAAGAUGUCGACCACAAAUGAGAACCGUACGAUUUUUUUUUCAACUCAUUAUUGCCAAAAAACGCAUAAUCAAAGAUUCUCUGCAGAACGUCUAUAUCAUUAUUCUGAUUGCAAAAAAAUAAAGAAUCUUAUAAAAAAAUCAAGAAAGAGGUGAACAUUUUUUCUAAGAAUCGUUUUUCCAAGAUUCCCCAAGACUGGUGCAUGCACAUUUCAGGCUCACGAACUUUUGCGGACCCAAAAUUCCAAAAAACCAUCCGACCAGAACUUUUCGCUCUGCUUACUAGGAAAGUAUUUGCAGGCCCAAAAACUGUUUCAUAAAGGUAUUCACAUCCCUUUUCAGUGUACUUGAGAAAAAAUUUUGUACUUUUUUAAAUUUUCAAUGUUGAUUUGUCAUUACAACAAGUAAUCCCAAGAUAUUUGGCUCGAUUUUAAUUUGAUUCAGACCCAAAACUUUCCAGAAAAGUCAAAUUCAAGAGGGCCUGUAACUGGACGCCUUGCAAAGAGUACAUCGCAAGCCUUUCAGAAGAAGAAGCAUCGGAAGACUCCUAA